CCACUGCACCGUCACCGACACCGUCACUACCUCUCAUCAUCGGUAUUCGUACCAUUCCCCGAGAGCGAGCGGAGACGACAAGACGCGUGUUGUGAACUAGAAACCUAGGGAACUCAGGAAAAACGCUGAUUUUUGCGAAUUUUAGUGACCCCAAAUAGAAACCUCCAUCAAAUAGAAGUACCCCGAUACUUAUUCUCCAGCCAAGCUAUGGACUACAAGCCCGUGCCCACGGUGACGAACGCCACCCCCUUUGAUGCCGCCACCGACGCACAAACGCUGCGGGCAGCAAUGAAGGGAUUUGGAACCGACGAGCAGGAGAUCAUCGAUGUGCUCGCUGGCAGGAGUAACCAGCAGCGCCAGAUGAUCCGUGCCGUGUACGAUGCCGAGUUCGAGCGCGACAUGGUGGAGGACCUUAAGAGCGAACUGGGCGGCAAGUUCGAGGAUGUGAUCGUUGGCCUGAUGAUGCCACCAGUGGAAUAUCUGUGCAAACAGCUGCAUGCCGCCAUGGCCGGCAUGGGCACCGAGGAGGCCACACUCGUCGAGAUCCUGUGCACCAAGAGUAACGAGGAGAUGGCCCAGAUUGUGGCUGCCUACGAGGAGCGGUACCAGCGCCCACUUGCCGAGCAGAUGUGCAGCGAGACUUCCGGCUUCUUCCGCCGCCUCCUCACGCUGAUCGUAACUGGUGUACGCGAUGGGUUAAACACGCCCACGGAUGCCAACGAGGCCAAGGAACAAGCCGCUCAGCUCUACGCUGCCGGCGAAGCCAAGCUGGGCACAGACGAGGAGGUCUUUAACCGGAUAAUGUCGCAUGCCAGCUUCCCCCAGCUGCGACUCGUCUUUGAGGAGUACAAGGAGCUGUCCGGCCAGACCAUUGAGCAGGCCAUCAAGCAUGAGAUGUCCGACGAGCUGCACGAGGCCAUGAUGGCUAUAGUGGAGUGCGUCCAGUCGCCGGCGGCCUUCUUCGCCAACCGUCUGUACAAGGCCAUGAAUGGAGCUGGCACCGAUGACCCCACUCUCAUUCGGAUCAUUGUCAGUCGCUCGGAGAUCGACCUGGAGACCAUCAAGCAGGAGUUUGAGCGCAUAUAUAACCGUACGCUGCACAGCGCCGUGGUGGACGCCGAGACCUCCGGCGACUACAAGCGGGCCCUGACUGCACUACUUGGAACCGCCUAAGCGUGGCAGCUGGUCCGACACCUUAUUAUAAUCGUAUUCAUAGCUGUUAAUCGUAGUGUGCCUUGUAGGAGAAUCGCUUUUAAUGUCUGCGCAUGCGCACAGUGGUGGCAAUAAACAACCGCACUUAGCAA